AUGAAGAGUCCUGAUAUUAAUGUUAAUUUUGAUAAUAUUAACAACGUUAUUAUUGAUGAUGGAUAUGAGAUUUUGUGUGAUAUACUGAGCAGACUUCCAGCGAAAUCUCUCAUGAGAUUUAAGUGCGUAUGUAAAGGUUGGAGAUUGAUAAUUCAAGAAGAUUCCUACUUGAUUAAUUUACAUCUUGCACGGUUACAAAAUAAAGAGAACCGUAGUACUACACUCCUCAUCUCUCCCGUUCAUGAGUGUUCUCCUCUUGGGUGCACCGAAAGGAAGAUGACUUUUUUCUCCGCUGAAGAGAAGUUAUCAUCAGGUGGCAUUCCAUUAUUAGCAUGUCAACGUCGUUUUUGCAGUGGUAUUAGUGUCCCUUACAGUAAUUAUGAUGGAUCAAUGCUGAAACCUAUAAAUGGUUUGGCAUGUUUCACCGAUACCUACUUGGGUUCUGUUCUCAUCUACAAUCCCAGUACUGGAGAAAAGACUUCGUGGAUCCAAACAACCACACCAGAACUAUUAAAAGAUGAGUAUCAAAAGCACAAGCAAAACCUAUUAGAAAUUACGUAUGAGUGUGAAUUUGGAUUUGGAUUUGAUCCCACUACUAAGAAACACAAAGUGGUUUGCGUUUGUUUGGUUACCAGAGUAAGUAAAGAUGAUUUUGUUACUAGUCAUGAAACUAUUGGCGAGGUAUUAACAGUAGGCUCGAAUAUAUGGAGAAGGACCGAUGACGUCCCACCUUUCAUGGUUACUGAUGAACAAUCUGUAUAUGUGAAUGGUUAUAUAUAUUGGAAAUGUUCUGAAGAUAUACCUAAUGGAUCUUCAUUCAUAAUGGGAUUUGAUGUUAGCAGUGAAAAGUUUAAUAGAGCAAUUGAAAUCCCAUAUUUCAUCCUUGAUACCAUGCAUCGUCGUAGCACUAAAUUAGUAGAAGUUGAUGGACAUCUUGCUUUACUAGAUAGAGAAGAGGACCACUCGAUCAACUUGUGGAUUCAUAAUGACAAGAAGCAGCAAGGAAUCAUGACUACUUCCAACAGAAAUAACAGUAAAAAUUAUGAUGUACAUGGUGACGGUGGUGGUAGCUGGAUUAAAGAAAUAAUCCCGAUGCCCUAUCCUUUGGUUGUAAGAUCUUACUUAGCUUUUGAAGCUAUCACUGGCACAGAUCUCAUAGUCCUCAAACCCUUUCGUCAGCCGAUCGAGCUUGAAUGCCUUCAUUAUUACGAUCGUAAGAACAAAGAAUACUGCAAGAAGAAACAAAUUGAUAAUAUUACCAAGUCUUCUGAUGAUCAUAUUUCUCCCGACCUAGGCUAUGAUGUCACAGCUUUCUCGGGGUCUCUUUUACAUGUUUCAGACUAA